AUGGCCCCGAAGCCGCUGCCUGCUUUCUAUACAGUGUACGUCUUGCGUUCUACCGUUAGGCACGCAUCACUCUACAUCGGCUCCACUCCCAACCCGCCGCGAAGGCUGAAGCAACACAAUGGCGCGGCCAAGGGCGGCGCCGCGCGCACCUCGCGACAGAGCUUGCGGCCGUGGGAAAUGAUUGUUUUGGUCUCGGGGUUCCCCAGCAUGGUUGCGGCGCUCAAAUUUGAAUGGGCGCUCACGAACCCGCAUCUUUCGCUGCACAUCCCCGAGGAAUCGCGUCUGGCCAUGUCGACGCAGCGCAAGAGGAAUGGCAAGCCGAAGAGACCGGCCCAUAGCCUCAAGUCUGUCAUGUCGAACUUGCAUCUGCUUACGGUUGUCCCGAGCUUUGCACGGUGGCCGCUGAAGCUGCAUUUUCUCGCACGAGAGGCCUAUGCAGCGUGGGAGAAGUGGACCCAGUCCUCGUCAUGCCCUCGCCGGCCAGGCCUGAUGAUCAUGACGGAUUUCGAUGCGUCUGCAAAUGUCGACGAGGAUGCGGCGAAUGGCAUUCAUGCAUUGCCGCUCGACUACCAACCGUUGAAGGACUACGUCCAAAAGGCUUACGACGUUGUCUCGUUUGAGCGCGAAGGGGACUGUUUGCACUGCGGCGAAGAGCUGGAGUCUGGGAGGGGACUGCACGCAAUGUGUCCCAAUGAGGAGUGUACGGGCAUGGGACACCUCGACUGCUGGAGCCGGCAUGCUCUCAAGGGCGACGACGACAUGCACGUGAUGCCGGACGUCUGCAAAUGUCCAUCGUGCGGGGGAGACGUGCGGUGGGGAGACAUGGUCAAAGAGCUGAGCCUUCGCGUCCGCGGCGCAAGAGAAGUCGAAAGGCUCUUGAAGAAGAAGAGGGCGAAGAAGGACAAGGCGGAGACGAGUUGA